AUGAAGAUCUCAGUGUUCAUUCCAACCAAAAUGCGUAUACUCAUCGAGCGCUAUCGGAAUGCUGGCGUCCCAGUCCACGCACUAGAAGCUCCCGUGGAUCGCUUCCCAAAGGUCAGAGCCAUUCUGCAUGAGGACGGAAGCGGUGACGUGCGGCUCAGUGACCCAUGUUUCCCAUACGACAACUCUGCGCAGAUGAGUGCAUGUAACAACUUUCUCCAGGACCUGGGCUACGUGGCCCAGGGCUGCAGGGAGUUUUUGGUUCAUGCGACGGCAAAGUUCUGGCUCUCCAAUCAGUUGGGGCCCCUGACUGUGUUUCCACAGCAAAUUGCCAUCGAGGAGGUGUAUCGGAUACUUCAACACGACACUGGGAAGAAGUGGCAACGCUACACACAUGAUAUGGUGCUCCUGCUUCCUGUGACUGCCGUUGGAGGGCCGACCAAGUCGCAGUUGAACAAGUUCGGUAGCGGCCUGGCGAGACGACUUUUUCUUGGCGGCGGGCCGUGCAUGCUGCAGGACUCAAAGAACCUGGUGCGCCGAGCUCUGAACAGGCUAGGCUACAUGGAUGGAGACAUGAAUGCAGAUCUGAGUGAGGCCAUGUUGGUCUUUGUGAACAUCCCAGACAACCAGUAUGCAUUGAGGAAGCAGCUAGAUGCACUGCCCAGUCAGGAAGACACGACUGCCGAAGUGGAGUCGAAGCUUCGACACGCGUUUCUCUCACAUCUCACGCAUGGUCAGUGGCGAAUAGCACCCAAGGACGCGCAGGUUCGGCAGGUCCUUUACAAACUCGGUUUCCUGCCCACCACCAAGGCUUCCACAACAGACGUCUUUGACGCCAUGGCCAGGUAUGCCCGGCAGCACCACCUCCCUGAGAUGAAAACCUACAAUGGACGAGUAUUUCGUAUCCUGUAUUCCUUGGAUUCCAGUCCGACCAAGACCGGAACACUUGAGCUCAGCCCAUAG